AAUGGAGAUGGAAGUGACACUAGCUAACACAAGUCAGUGCGCCGUCAGCUCUCGAUCAAAGCGGAUCGUAGGCUAUAUUAUAGUAUCCAGUGGGUUCCAGCAAAAUGGCCAGCAAAUGGGAAUCGGAUGAGGAGAUCCAGUACUUCCGCGAGUAUCUGCGCAUCCCCAGUGUUCAUCCCAAUCCGGAUUACGAACCAUGCUUGGAUUUUCUCAAACGUCAAGCUAAACAACUGGAACUGCCCCUCGAGGUCUACUAUCCAGCGAAUGAACAGAAUCCCGUGGUGGUUUUGACCUGGGAGGGUCUCGAGCCGGAGUUACCCAGCAUUUUACUCAACUCCCACAUGGAUGUGGUGCCCGUGUUCCCUGAAAACUGGACACAUCCUCCCUUUGGAGCAGAUAUCGAUGAGGAGGGUCGCAUUUUUGCCAGAGGAACACAGGAUAUGAAGUGUGUGGGUAUGCAGUAUCUGGCAGCUUUAAGGGCUCUAAAAAGGAAUGGUGCCAGAUUCAAGAGAACUAUCCACAUAUCCUUUGUGGCGGAUGAGGAAAUGGGCGGAAGACAUGGAAUGCGACCAUUUGUGCAUACUGAGGAUUUCCGUAAACUGAAUGUGGGUUUUGGCAUGGAUGAGGGUUUGGCAUCACCCUCCGAGGAGUUUCCUGUUUUCUAUGCAGAGCGUUCUGUGUGGCGUGUCUAUUUCCAUAUCAGUGGCACUGCCGGCCAUGGCUCGCUUCUGCUGCCCAAUACCGCAGGAGAAAAACUCAAUUACAUAGUUGGCAAGAUGAUGGGCUUCCGGAAACUGCAGGUCCAGAGGCUGCAGAAUAAUCCUGAACUGGUUAUAGGGGAUGUGACCACCAUUAACUUGACCCGCGUUGAUGGCGGAGUUCAGAGCAAUGUGGUGCCCCCUUUGCUGACUGUGUGCUUUGAUUGUCGACUAGCCUUGGAUGUGGAUCAUCAGGAAUUUGAGGCGAAUCUCCACAAAUGGUGUGAUGAUGUGGGUGGUGGCAUAGAGAUCACCUAUGAGCAAAAACAACCCAGAGUUUUGCCCACUGCCAUCGAUGACAGUAAUCCCUUUUGGUUAGCUUUCAAGGAAGCCACCGAUGAGCUGGGACUUUCCAUCAAGCCUGAAAUUUUUACUGGCGGCACUGACAGCAGAUAUAUUCGUCAAGUUGGGAUUCCUGCCUUGGGAUUUUCACCCAUGAAUAACACUCCCGUGCUUCUCCAUGAUCACGAUGAAUUCAUUACGGCGGAUACAUAUCUCAGAGGAGUGCAGAUAUAUCAGAAAAUUAUCAGCAAUGUGGCAAAUGUUUAGGUGUCUUUUUAUUAAUGGUUCUUUAAUUGUUUGUUUAUGCUUAAUUAAAUGCGAUUAUUACUUGAUAUUGUUACAGUAAAUGAAGGUAUAAAAUAAAUGCUUUUUAAACGA